GUGCCACGGCGGAGACCUACCGGUCAGACUGUGCCCCCACCCUGGGACCCAUCGCCCAGCGUCCCCCCAAGCAGGCGAAGCGCUCGCGGGCAGCGUUCUCCCACACCCAAGUCAUCGAACUGGAGCGGAAAUUCAACCACCAAAAAUACCUCUCGGCCCCUGAGCGAGCCCACCUGGCCAAAAACCUGCAGCUCACCGAGACCCAGGUGAAAAUCUGGUUCCAGAACAGGAGGUAUAAAACCAAAAGGAAACAGGUCGCUUCCGAAAUCAGCAGACUGGACACGCGGCUG